ACUUCAGUAGUUGGUCUACCAACUGCUGUGGCCAUCUUUGGUGUUUAGUGCCAAGAAGGAAAAAGAUAAUUUCACGUUCAUUGAAAGGUUCUCCACUGCAGACUCCACUGUAAAGGUAUCAAUUAACAACCACUGAAUACCUGUUCUGUUAGUUGGAGACCUGGACCAGGAGAAGCCUUUUUUUUUUUCCUACAUGGAAAUCCUUGAGGAGAAAGCCAUGGGAGGGAUACAUCGAACCUUGCUGUGCCAAGGCCCCGUGGAACUCAGAAGAGGCUGGAGAAGGAAGAAACAACAUCUCUCCUUGUUCAGUGAUGUUUUGAUUGUAUCUAAUAACCUGUGUAAGGGACACUUUAAGAUGAAAUAUGUCAUCCCACUGAGUUAUCUGUGGAUGGGUGACUAUGUGGAUGUAGUCGGGACAGACAACAGAUCUGCUUGCAAGUCGAUUCUCUUGUCCUGGCCCAUGGGAAAUUUUGUGGCUUCAUUUCGUUCCAUGGAACAGAAAGAUUGGUGGUAUUUUUAUCUCCAAAGGUCCAUUAAUGAAGCCACAAAGGGCUACAGGAAGCAUGUUAAACUCCCGAUAUUCACCGAGGACAUCCCAAGCUGUGACAGUCCUUUAUAUGUAACAACAACAGACUUGGAGACGGUGAAUGAUGUUAUCAAGAAGUUGCUACCUAUGAUAGGAAUGCCUAGUGCUCAAGAUUACCAACUGUGGUUCUGUCGUGGCUUCCAAGAAGCCCCAAGCCUACUCCAAGGUAAGUAA